AUGGUCACGCUCCCUUCUAUGCUGGAUCGUCUAGCUUAUGAAGAGACGAUUGAAUAUGAGACUGAAUAUCCCGGUAUUCCUGCAAAGCUUGGAGACGCUAUUGAUCCAAUUCGAGCUAAAAAUUUGGAAUUAGCUAAAUUUGGUAUUGAGUGUAUCAGCUUGAGCAUAAUCUCCCUCUUUCUGGUGGAAAUUAUCCUUAAACUCUGGAUAUUUGGCAUAGGACUGUACCUGCACAGCCUGAUUGAGAGCAUUGAUGCAGUUGUCAUAUGCGUCAGUUUUGCCAUCGAUAUCUACCUAAUGGUGACAGAGACCCACUGUCACCACACAUCAAGCUCCUCAACUGCGCAUGGGCUCAUGAUGGCGACAACUCCUGCACCCGAAUCAACCUUGAGGAGUGGCAUCAAGUCUCUCCCCGAAGCUGCUGGCUUCCUCGUGCUUUUUCGACUCUGGCGCGUUGUUCGUAUCGCUAAUGCCAUUCUCGUCUCUGUAUCCGCAACACAGGAGACAAAAAUCCAAGAGUUGAAAGCGGAGCGCGAUAAAGCCGCCUCGCGAGUAUCCCAACUAGAGGACUUCAUUCUCUCUCUUGGCCAAGAUGUUCCCUCUGACUCCCAUUCGUCUCCCGCCAAGAGUACUCCGUUCCUUCCUUCUUCCUCCUCCGUUUGA